AUGGCUGAGACCCCCAGGAAGAGGCUUCGCUUUGAAGCUACUUGCCCUGUCUGCCUGGCCUACUUUGCAGAUCCUGUGACUCUAGACUGUGGACACAACUUCUGCCAAGGAUGCAUCUCUACGUGCUGGGAGGAGGCUGGCACAGAAACCAGGUGCCCACAGUGCCGAGCAGCCGUCGGGCGGGAUUUCAAAUCAAACAGGUCUCUAGCAAGCAUUGUUGAAAUUGCUAAGCAGCUGAAUUCCAUGGGCCUAGAGGGGCCAAAAUGUGUGACGCACAAAGCGCCCAUGAAUUUGUUUUGCAAGGAUCACGAAAUCUUCUUCUGCCUUCUGUGUGACGCCGCACAACAGCACCCAUGCAAAGCUGUGGUUCCCAUAGACCAGGCUGUUGAAGAAUACAAGGUAAGAAUACUACAUUUGGUAUGAUUUGGGCAUAUAACCAAUAGUACAUUCUCAGAAAUAUCCAGGGCCAGGGUUCGAGAGCAGUGAGAAUUCAGACUCUCCUUGUGGGAAGGCUUUAUAUCUGAUCCCAGGUGUGUGAGGUGACUUUGCAGACACAAUUGCAUGGAGAAAUAUGUGCUCCCAUACCAAGCUGCUUGUGUAUUACGGCCAUCUUCUGUUAAGGCUCUCCUCCAGACUCUCUUACCAUUCAGGAGAAUGUUGCUGUCUGUCUAUGCAAUUUCUGUGCCAGGGAGACUUUCCCAGUGCCGGCGCUAUUACAUAUCACGUUGCAUAUGACGUUUUGGGGAUGGCAGCCGUGUGGGCUAAAUUUCCCCAACACUGGGCACAUGCCUCAGCAGGGGCGUAGCUAGUCAUUUGGCUGCCCGGCGCGGUGUGUGUGUCCUGCAGCCAUGGCGGGGCAAGCUGCCCAUGGGGGUGGGGCAAGCCAAGGCAGGGGGUGCUGCGUGGAGCCUCUUGGCAGCCUCCCCCUCAGCUGUAGGGUGGCUGAGGUGGUGGGCAGAUGCAAGCCCCAUGCUGCUCAAAAAAGCAACGCAGAGCUUGCAGGAAGUCCACCUGUUUUUACUGUAUUCAGUGUUAGUCGCUCUGAGCCCGGUCAUCGCCGGGGAGGGCAGGGUAUAAAAUUAUUAUUAUUAUUAUUAUUAUUAUUAUUAUUAUUGACAGGAUCGGAUUUUUCGCUGCCUAGAAGUUCUGAAGGAGGGGAGAGAAACCAUCCUGCAGUAUACAGAGAACUUGGAAAAUGAAAGCCAGGAUCUGCUUGUAAGUGCCGAUUUUUAAAAUUAAUUAACAUUAUAUCUCUCUUCCUCCCAGAGGAGCCCAGAGACCACUAUUUGUUGGAACUGAGCAAGUAAUGGAACCAACAAGAUGGUUAAAAGCCGUGAGGCAUCCCAGUUCCUCAGCAUUACUUGGUUUCUUUUAGAAAUUAUAAGAAUAUUUCACAGAAACAUGGACUCCUAUAGGUUUUUAGGAAAUUCUUCCAUUCUGGAUGUUGAUGCCAUUUUAUAUGCCCUUUGUAUGAAAUCCUAUCUCUCUUGAUGGUGCAAACACGGAUUACGCUGGCCUGAUUUUCUGCUCUUUAUAUUCCGUUUGUUGCAGGAGCUAAUGAAAGAAGAGAAGGAAAAAAUAGUGGCAGAGUUUGGAAAAUUAUACCAGUCUCUGAGAGAUCAAGAGAAACUACUUCUGCAGGAUAUGGUAAACGUGGAGAAGUGUCUCGCAGUGAUAAAGAAAAGUUGCCUGUCCAGGUUCUCUGAAGAAUUGGCAAGUCUUGGAGGUUUCAUUCAGGAUAUGGAAGAAGUGCGUCAGAAGCCAGAAAUUGAAUUCCUUCAGGUAAGAAGAGUAGAAACAAACUAUCCAUUAGGAAAGCAAACUCCAUAUUUUGGUGUUUCUCCAUUUAUAUAUAUACCAUAUGAAGGAGCCCAAAUUUAUGAUUGUGGUUUAUGAGGUUUGUAGCGUACAACAUCCCAGAUAAAUUUCUAAUUUCACUUCACUGUGGAUCAGUCUGAUAGAAUAGGUUUGUGGUUUUUUUUUAAAACUCUCUGGUCAUGUGUGUGCUCCUAAUGCCCUCCUAAUUAGGGUAUUUUUGCCAUCAUUCCCCGCUUGUGGGCUUCCUGGAGGAAUCUGCCAACCUCAUGUUGGAAACAGGAGGAUCAACCCUCAGUGUGAUCCAGCAGGAUUCUUCUGAUGUCCUGUUUCAGGGCUGGAGACUUAUGUUUUUAAUAUUAUUCUUACUUUAUAUACCGUAUUUACUCAAAUGUAAUGCGCAGCUUUUUUGGCCAAAUUAUGUCACAAGAAUUAAGGUGCGCAUUAGAUUUGAUGGCACCAGCAAAUACUUUUUGGGUUUCAAGGUUUUGAAAAUUGAGGUGCGCAGUUGAUUAGAUGGCAUAUUAGAUCUGCUUAAAUAAGGUAAUGCUGUACUUUGGGUCCCUACAGAGUCUGAAGGGGUCUUUAUAGUACUGUAUUGAAAUCUCUGUUCUUUCUCUCUUCUUUCUGUAGGAAGCUAAAAGCAUAUUGCAGAGGUAAGUGGAUCUCACUACUUUCUUGUUCACACAUUGCACUUUUCAUCCUUGUACAGCAUUCCUGUUUCUAAUAGUUUUCUUCUGUUUCCACUUGAUUGGGGUUUUUUGUUUUAUUUUAUUUUUUGCCUGCCUUAAGAAAGGCUUUCUAGUUAUUUGCUGAAUUUUACCCCACCCCCCAUUUAUUAACACAGCUGAUCAGUGGUGUGUUUUUUUCCUGGGGGGACGCAGAGGUACGCAUAUCCCUAAACAUUUUGUGAAUCUAAGUUUGGCCUCAUUGAGGGGCGGUAUUUCAAUAUGAGUAGGAAAAUGAGAGUACUCCUAGACAUUAUUUUAGAAAAAAAGCACUGCAGCUGAUAGUAGUCUGGGUGUCGUGUUCAUCUUUCUCCUCUUUCUGCUCACAUUAAAUCAAUCUCCAAGAGUCUUUUGCAUGUACUUUAGAUUCCUUCUACUUUUCAGUUUGGCUUUGGAAUGGAAACUGCUUUUGUUGCCCUAAUUGUGGACGAUCCUCACUAGGAGGUGGAUGGGGCACAGUGCAAACUGAUUGCGGCUGAUCUAGAUCCCUUCCAUUUUGGCUUUCAGCCUGAUCUCUUGGCCUUACAACCUGUAGGUUCUCACCAAGAAAACUAGCACUAAUACGCCCAGGAACCUCAUCAAAAUGCUGGAGAGGGUGCACCUCCACAGGCACAUACCUCCACAUGUGGUGGGAGUGCCCCCAAAUCCAGCUAUUCUGGACAACAGCCAUACGAGAAAUAUGUGAAAUAACCAAGCAAGUAUUAGAAAUCACCCCAGAACUGGCCCUACAAAACAUCUUCCAAGACAAUAAUGCCCACUUACACCACAAAGAACUCAUAACCCACCUACUUUCAGCAGCCAGAAACACCAUAACCAGACACUGGAGAGACCUGUCAGGAGUAAGCAUGGACCAAUGGUACCAAAUAGUAUGGGAAACAGCCUUACUAGAAAAAUUAACCAAUAAACUGAAACCGACAUGGGGCAAAUAGAAGAAGACUCCUUUACCCUGGUAAGGCUCCCCUUUAUCACAUACACAGCUCAACAAAUUAAUACGGCUAACCUGAACCAAAACACCCACCCACCCCACUCACACAUGAAAACAAAGACCACCACAGGCAACCACAAAUGAACAACCACACCCUAGGCCAAACCCAACCUCUCUCACCACCAAAGGAACACAAGUGAACAGCAGAGAACCUGCACAAGCAACACUGACACAAAACCCCACAUAUAUUAAGUAGAAACAUCGCCACCCGACCCCACCCCCAGCCAUCUUUCCCCCCUUCACCUCUUUCGCCCUUUAUUUCCUAAUGUCUCAACAAAUGAAACCGAUUGGUAAAAAAUGUUACAUGGGAAAAAAAUAAGAGAGAGAGACAUUGCACAUACUAUUGUAAAUCAAGAAAAUCUUUAAUAACAAUACAUUAAAAAAAGAGUAUCUGUUGGUUCUCUUGGAUCUAUCAGGUGGCUUUUGUUACCAUGUUAUCCUUCUGGGUCACCUUGAAAAGGAUGGAGAUUGAGGGUGCUUUGUAGAAAUGGCUCUGCUCAUUCCUGAGAAAUAGGACUCAGAAGGUAGUUCCGGACUUAGACGUGAGGCUUUCUGCCAUUCCAUUGUAAUCCAAACCUUUCUUGUGCUUUCCUUAGGGAUUCUGAAUUGCAUCAAUGGAGGAGUAAUACUGUUUUCUUUCCAGAUAUGAUAAGAAGAAGCAAUUUGAGAAUCCGUUCUUUUUCUACACCGUGCUGAAGUGGAGGAUUGAGGAAUUUCGUGAUAGAAAUGUCUGUCUGAAUAGUAUUGUGCAGGAGCUAAGGGGUAUGAAAACAGGGGUUGGGCACUGGAUCUUGCCACAGGGGCUGGAACCAAAAGUGGGAGAGGCCAGCCACCUGUCAAUCUUGUGAUGUCAUUUGAGGUUGGCUGACUUAACUGCUGAGCAGCAGCAGCAGCUUUGGCAUGAAUUGUGUUUGAGUUUUUGUGUGUGGCUGAUGUCAUACAAUGCUGUUUUGUUAAGUGCCAAACCCGGCAGGCCUAAUAAGGUCCACUGGUUGGAGGCUCCCUGCAAUUGUAUUAACGAAUAGCUGCAAGGAUUUUAUACUGGAUAUUAUUUUUAUUUAAAAGCAUUUAUAAACCACCUGGUAUUUUUGAAAUCUCUUAAUCAGUGCAAAAUAUAAAAGCAAACAGUAUCAUUAAAACAAUAGUACAGUCAAAACCCAAUAAAAUAGUAGCAUGAAAGUAUAUAUCUGACUAGGUCCUGCUUGAAACAGACCCACUGAAAUCAAUGAAACUAAGUUGGUCAUGUCUAUUAACUUUAAUGGGUCUACUCUGGGUGAGACUAGAAUUGAAUCCCACACAAAUAAAACAGGAAUUCAGAUCUCUCAAACACAUAAAACGGUCAGAUGUAAUGCAUCAGGAAUUGAUGAUUCCUGCUUUGUCUAUAGUAGAGGAAGGGCAUUCCAUAAUAUAGAGGCAGCGACAGAAAGUGUCUGUUUCAGGGUCACCAUCCUAUGACAGGCACGUUCAAAGUCCAUUUUGAGGGCCUUUGGGUUUAAUCCGGCCCCUGCGGCAGUUUAUUUCCUGGGGUAAAAAGCUCAACAACAUCAAUCCUAGAAAACUUCAAUCCCAACAAAGGUCAACAACUUUGUUCGGCCCUCACGCAUGUUCACUUCAUCAAAUCUGGCCCUCUUUGAAAAAAGUUUGGGCACCCCUGCCCUAUGAUAUUCUGAAGAGGUUGGUGCCAUAAGUACAACUUCCACACGAUCUAAAUGAUCUUGCAGAUGUUGGUGUGAAAAGCUCUAGGUUAGCGUGGGGCUUCUGGAAAGAAAUUUGGCAGCGUCGUUUCCUCACGCACAGUGGUUGGGACCUGUGUAUCCACACGCACACACACCUGUGUUGCUGGACUACAACUCCUAUUAUCCCUGACCAUUGGCCUGGCUGAGACUUGUGUGAGUAGUAGUCCAGCAACUUCAGUGGGGGGAGAUUUCUUGCUGGAGUGUUUCUCCCAGAGCUGCCCUUUAGACCUAGCACCCGUGCUUUCUCCCACCCCAGCAUAAUUUACAUGGACCUGGGUGAGUGAUGGGGAGGCAGCAGAAUUCAGGGAAGAGGGAUCCAGGAGUUGGCGAACGAUGCUGAGCUACACAGAAGGCCUUCGUGCACUUUUGGGCUGCCAGUAUUUACUCCUAAGCAGAGGGAGCAGGACAUUCCAUCCCACAUAUUCUAUUUAGUUUGUUUUCCAACAGAGACUCAGUAUUCUGAAGCUAUUGAGUGUGCAUAUUUUCCUUGUUUGUUUGUUUUUGUGUAUGUGUGUGUUUUGAAAUUUGUGCUUCAGCAAACCCCAGAGUUACAUUAAGCAUGCUGAAGCCCCUGUCUUGUUCCUUGUAGGCACAUUCUUGUUUCAGUCAGCACUCAGUUUAUCUAUUAAAGGGAGUGAUGGAUGGAUUUUAAAAAUAUUUUUUGCGACAAAUACAAUUGUGUGACAUUUUAUCUCUGUUUUCUUUCUCUCCCCCCAUCCCGGCCUCCAGGUGGUCUAACUGGAUUUAAUGCAGCCACAGGUAAUUUUGGGGACUGGUGGAGGACCAAAUUCACAGAAGGGAUAGGGAUGUCUUUUUUUUUGCAGAAAGUUUUUUGAUUUGUGUUUUAUGGGGGUUGCCAGUUUAGGAAUGUUAAACAGAUUAACCCAUAAGUUGUCCACAUGCAGGAGACAGGACAGCUUCCUAGACUGCAUUGCUUGGGAAUUCUACGAAACCAAAUAAAUCAGUACAGCUUUUAACAUUGGUGCAGUCCACCAUUUUGAUUCUGUCCACCAUUUUGGUUCAAAACGGCAUCCAACUGUAUCAGAACUUCUUUCAUCUUGGGAACCAUAAUACAAAGUUUGGUUACGAUAUCUUAAGAGCCGCCCAAAUGCAAAGCUAACAAACAAACCAAUAUGACAGAUGAGGGCAAAAGCCAUUUUCUGCUCUUGUUGUCUAGCAAAUGGUGCUCGGAGGUAUUGCACUUUUGAUCCAAAAUGAUUAGUAGCCAUUGCUAAACUCAUUCCACAAAUUUGUCUAAUCCUCUUUUAAAGCCACCUAAGGGCUUAUUGUGAGGGCUGGGCCCUGCUGAGGCCAUCACUUGCGGUCUUGGCUGUACUCCUUUGUGGCAAGUGUCAUUCCUUGACUGAGAGACGUUUCUGUUGAAAUUUUACCUCAGAGUUUUACCUCAGAGGAACGAGAGUUGUUGUAAAAGGACUAAUCAAAAGACACUGAAGAAGAAUUAGGUUACCUUGGUAACCAAUAUAUCCCAUAGCACAUACACCUAACUAUAAAUCCUGAGACUUGAGUCUCUCUCUUUGGAUUCAUCUGCAUUUGUCAACUUACGAUGUUAUAAAUGCGUUAUAUCAGUGUGGCACCAGAUGGUGCCAUAGAGCUGAAAUCCCAAGAAUUUCCAUUGUGAGCUUUUAUAACGUUUCUUUUCAUAGUGUUUUUAUAGGUAUAUAGAUCCAGCCUUUGCAUUCUCUUUCCCUUCCCUCACAGACUUAAAAUUCCCAUUUCCUAACAGCACUUCACUCACUCUUAAUGGAUUCUUUACUGCUUUGGAAUGCUCCUGUCAAUCACAAGCAAAUCCUCACAGACUUUCUAGCAUUUUCCCUCAGCCCAGGUCCGCUUGCAGCAUCAGAGCUGGGCUGAGAGAAAAGCGGCUGAAGCAAGAGAGCAUGAGAAAUGUGACUUUGAGCCUUUAGGUAGCAUCUGAUUUCCUCCCCCAAAAUAUCCAAUAUGUGGCAAGGCAUAAUUUAGUCAUUCACAUAUAUAUGUAUAGUAAACAGAUUUGCACACAUAGGAACAUAGAAUUGUAAAGCUGGAAGGGAACCGAGGGUCCUUUAUUCCAACCCCCCCCCCCCCCGCAUUGCAGGAAUCUCAACUAGAUCAUCCAUGACAGAUGGCCAUCAAACCUCUGCUUAAAAACCUCCAAGGGCAGGGAAUCCAGCAUCUCUUGAGGAAGUCUGUUCGACUGUCAAACAUCUCUUACUGUCAGAAAGUCAUAAGUUGAAACAAAGCCUUUAAUUAUCCUUUUUAUUUUUCCCUCCCCCACCCCGAUCCCUCCAGAAACUAUAACACUGGAUCCAAAGACGGCUAGUCCCCAACUCAUCAUGUCAAGGGACUUCAAAAGUGUGAGACACGGAGGCAAAGAUCCAGAUCUGUCCACAAAUCCUGAGAGAAUCUAUGACGACUGGCCUUUUGUGAUGGGCUCCCAGGCCCUCAGAGGGGGCAGAUAUACCUGGCAGGUCUUUUUGGGAAGUGAAGGAGACUGGGCUGUGGGAGUCUCUCAGAAGAAUGGUUCCUCAACUCCGAAGAGAAAUGAGAUAUGGCAAGUUGGGAAGUGGGAUGGGGAACAUUGGGCCUCCUGCCCCUCAUGUUACCGGGAUCACUCUCUGCCUUUCAGUGAGGAGAUCCAGAGGAUCCGAGUUGUUCUGAACUGCAGGGUGGGACAGCUAGUGUUUUAUGACGCCGAUUCGGGAGCUGAGCUCACUGAAUUCAAAGAUGUCAAUUUUGGAGGACGAGAUGCAUUCCCUUUCUUUCGACUGUCUGAAAAGGGGUAUAUCGCCCUCAUUUCCUAAAGGUCUGCUCUCGUAGGAUUUUCUGGUGUUAAUGUCUGGGUUGUUGUUUUUUUAAGUCAAAAUUUUUAUUGGACAAGAGCACCUAUGAUAGCUCUGCAAAGGCCCAGACCAGCUUCUAGUCAAAGUCUCUGAACUAACUGAAACAGGAGUCUGUUUUUCUUUGCCUGCCCUUUCCCAGAUUUCCCUCGGCAAUUUAUUUCUUUAAAAAGGAGACGUAAUCUAAUUGAAAAUAACUCUUUAUCCUAAGCAAUGGCAGAAGAGUUUUUAUACAGGCAGUCUUUCAGGACCCCCAAUUCUGCUUUCAGAGCACACUUACUCUGAGGUAAAAUCCUGUUCAAUACGGCUUCGCAAAGAUGUUUAUGAUUUCAGCCUAUUUCACUUUCCUCUCUCAUAUCUCACCCUUCCCUCAAAAUGCUUGGGUGGAUUGGAUUGUACAUUAUUCUCCCCUACCCAAUUCAUAGUUACAACUCUGUGAAGGAGUAUAGGCUGAGAGAGAGAGAGAAUGACUGGCCUAGGAUUCACUUUAUUUAUGUUACCAUUUGGGUGUGUACCACACACCAACUGGAUUUUCUCAGGAGCUUUCUUUUUUUCUUUCCAAAUGUGUUCUGGAAACUAAUGUGACGGAGUAAUUCCUUUUGUAACGACAAUGUCCCCCUCCCUUCUUGAUAUGUACAUCCACAUUGUGG